UGCGCGAACAAGGGCGGAAACGCGGCGCGGUGACGGCUGGGUAAAUUCACCGACAUACAGGAAGAAAAAGCCGAGGCUCAGUCCGCUGGAAGCUGCGCUCUGCACACCCACGGAGACACACAACACCCAAUCACUGCCUAACCAGUUUAGCAGGUAUGGCUGAGAUGGCGAGUCUGGUGCAGCGGCUGGAGGUGGCGGUGGGUCGCCUGGAGGCCAUGACGGUCUCCGGAGGCGGCGGUGGAGAUUCAGCUGGUGGAGCUGUAUCGGCGUACGUGGAGGCCUUUGAUGAGAUCGUCAGUGGUGCUGUGGCUGAGUACCUCUCCCUCAGCCAGAAGAUCGGGGGCGAGGUCCAGAAACAUGCAGAUAUGAUGAAGCAGGCGUUUGCCAUUCAGAGAGCUCUCCUCGUAACAGCCUCCUCCUCCCAGAAGCCCUCUGAUGCAGUUUUGACGACUCUCCUGCAGCCGGUGUCCAAAGCCAUCCAGCAGGUGCAGGGCUUUCGCGAGCAGAACCGCACCUCGCCACUUUUCAACCACCUCUCUGCCGUGAGCGAGAGCGUGCCAGCCCUCGGAUGGGUCGCCAUGGCUCCUAAGCCAUGCCCCUAUGUUAAAGAGAUGCAGGAUGCCGCCAUGUUCUACACCAACCGUGUGCUCAAGGAAUACAAGGAGAAGGACAAGACGCAUGUGGACUGGGUGAAGGCUUAUGUCACCAUCUGGACUGAGCUGCAGAACUACAUCAAACAGCACCACACCACCGGACUGACCUGGAGUAAGAGUGGUCCCGUAGCUACAGCCUCUGCAGCUCCCCCCAGUGCUCCUGCAGGUGGUCCUCCCCCACCACCUCCCGGACCUCCUCCUCCUUCCCUGGACAUCAGCUCUGGUGGCAGCGGUGGCGGCGGCAGUGACAAUCGCAACGCUUUGUUUGCCUCCAUCAACAAGGGAUCCGACAUCACCAAGGGCCUGAAGCAUGUGAGCGACGACGAGAAGACCCACAAGAAUCCUGGCCUGAGGAGUCAGGCUCCAGUACACACUGGACCAAAACCUUAUGCAUCCCCCGCUCCCCGACCUGCUGCAUCUGCCACCCCAACCCGCACGCUGCCCCCUGUGCUGGAGCUGGAUGGGAAGAAGUGGAAAGUGGAGAACCAAGAGGGAGCUCAGGACCUGGUGAUCAGUAAAACUGAACUCAAACAAGUGGUUUAUGCUUUCAAGUGUAACAAGAGCACCCUGCAGGUCAAGGGCAAGAUCAACUCCAUCAUUGUAGACAACUGUAAGAAGAUGGGCCUGGUGUUUGAUGAUGUCGUGGGAAUCAUAGAAAUCAUCAACUGCAAGGAUGUCAAGGUCCAGGUCAUGGGUAAAGUGCCCACCAUCUCCAUCAACAAGACCGAUGGUUGCCAUAUCUACCUGAGCAACGAUUCUCUGAACUGUGAGAUCGUCAGCGCCAAGAGCUCUGAGAUGAACAUCCUGGUACCCAACAAAGACGGAGAGUUUACGGAGCUCCCCGUUCCUGAGCAGUUCAAGACCGUCUGGGACGGCAACAAACUUGUUACCACAGCAACAGAGAUCGCUGGAUAAACGGGGGCAGUGUGUGAAAUGGCUGUCCCUCCUCCACACCAUCCCCACCAUUUUUAUUUUUUGCCUUUUAUUGCCCUUCUGACUGAUCCUGCACCCCACCAGCUAACUCUCACACUGUAGACUGAGAUUUGGACCUCAUGCGUUAUCUCCCUUCCUUAUCAGCCAAUCACAGCUUAAGCUGUCUCUUCCAAAAGCCAAUAAGAGGACUGCUCACUCUUAGCUGGAGCAUAUCCUGCAGCCAAUCAGCAGGGAGAAUUCAAAUUGUUUUUUCCCUGUGAGCACUUUUAAAAACAUUCACGAGUUUUGCCAAUAGCUGGGAUGCUCUGUAUGAUAUUUUGUAUCUGUCUGGAUAAUGCUAAGCUACAUUUACCACGUAGAAUAGCCAACAUGAGAACAGGGAUAAUAAUUCCUUUUCAACAAAAGCACUGCGGCCAAUCAGGAUGCUUCAGGCUGCUCUCUUCUUUCUCCUCCCUCUGGUCAGGAGGGACUGGUGUGUCGUACGUUGUGGCCUGAUAAGUUUCUGUUCCAUUAUAUGCAAUUGAAUGGUGACACACUUGUCAAACAGUAUGAUGGUGUCAGUAUCACCUCUACUGUUGACUGUAACAAUAUUAACAUUCAUAGUGGGUAAUGUGGAGAAAAACCUCAGCACAUAAAUAAGUAAAGACCGCUGUCACUUUGACAUCAUGAAAUUCUCCAUCUAGAUUAUAAUGGAACAAUUAAAAUGAUCAUUCCACGUGCUUCAUUAAACCCACACAGGACAUUCCUGAGUAUUAAAACAUUCCACAUAAGGAGGCAUGUAAGAAAAAGUCUGCGAUCAAGAGCUGAGAGAUGUUUGUACAAAGUGGAAAAGCGAGAGACUGAAGGACGAAUGCUUUACCUCCAUUUCAGUCUGCUGUAAUCAUCUGUAUAGAUAUGAGUAAUUACUGAAUAGUGUUCAAAUAUUAGCCUGUUAGACCACCAUCGUCUCUCCACUUACUCCCUGCCAGGUCUGACUCUUUGGUUCUCCUCAGCUCUUCGCUGAAUUAUUUUAUAUACUCUCUUUCUUUUUACCUCUUUGGGUUUUUUUGUUGGGUCCAAAAUCAGAAUUCAGCUCAUUAGUACUGGAGACGUCAUUAAAAAAAAA